AUGCUCGACAGAGUUGCCAAGAACCCAACCAAGUACGCGGAAACCGUCGAACUCAAGCACGUCCUCAAGCAGACUGUUAUUUAUCGAGCCUCACUGGGACUGCCAUGGAGCUUGAGAGGAGAGGAACCGAUCUUGGUCGAGAGCGCUCUCAGCCGUCUCCGCAUUGCUGCUGACAAGACUGCAGCUGAGGAGACGAUCAGCACAAUUACUGGCGAGCCAUUCAAACAACUCAAGCAAGAGCUGUUCUCAGUCCCCAAUGCCGCCGAGCACCGGCGCACCACGAAACUCAAGACCCUUAUCCCACUGUUUGAGCCUGUCACUUUUCUCAAGCGUUUUUUCGAGCACCCAGCAACGAUUGUCGGAUGGGAAAAUUGUGAGUUGGGAGUUCUAAACAAGGAAACCUUGACCAUGGGCGAUUUUUUCGAGGCGCACUACGAGCAUGGCUCGAGGAGAGGCAACUCCAUAGUCAAGCUCCUUCGCGAUAUCACUCCAGGAGCCGUGGAGGAAGCUCGACUGGCAGUACAUGAGACUAGGAUCAAGGCUUUUCUACCAAACCUGGCCAAGUACUGCCCUGGUGGAAAGUACCUGAGCUUGAUCUACGCCUACCGUGAGAUUGUCAAGACGUCGCGCGAGGGCUGGAGUAGUGGCAACCUUUGGGAUUCGGAGCCUGAGAUUGGAGAGGACCAUAACCAUGUCGUCAAGGAUAGUGACAUGCCGUUGAUGCAGCUCCUUAUGAUUAUUGAUGGGAGCAAUAUAGGGAAGGCUAAAGGGCGGCAUCGACAUCGGUUCCGGGCCAAGGAACGAAAGCCAGUUCCGGAAAUACUGAAGGUCAAGGAUUUCCCUGUUAUCAAUGGAGGCGACAAAAUCAAGACAUUAAGAGGCUUGAUGGAGCAUACUCCUCAGAACCAGGUCCCCAAUAUCAUGCUUGAGAAGGCCUUCAAGGCCUGGCACGACUGA